AGGCUGCGCGGCGUCGCCGAGCAAAAACGACAACGACGCUCUUCCUCUUUGUGCUGGCCACCCCGCCUCCACCGCAGCCUGCGGCGGAGGCGGUGACGGCGGUUUUGGCGGCCUCCGCGCGCGCCUCCUCGGCAGCCACGUCCACGCUGCCCGGGUCGCCGCCGCCGGUCCCCACCUCUCCGCUCACACCGCCGCCGCCGGGCCCUCCUCCGGCGGGCCCUCCGAACCCGCCGCCAAUCCUACCGCCGUCACCGCCUGCUCCGCCACGCGCGCCGCCGCCGCCGCCGCCGCUAUCGCUGUGGGGCGACCAGUGGGGCGCCGAUGACGGCAUCUUCCUCAAGGUCCAGCUGCUCGACUCCAACCUGAGCGCGGUCGCCGACCCGGCCGCGACGUGUGACCCGCACCAUGGCGGCGGCUGCGCCGUCGUGCGCGUCGUGAUCCCGCAGCUGCAGCGCUACUACCUCACCCCGGGCGCGCAGGAGCCCUCUCGGAGCCUUCCUGCAGGCCGGUGCGUCUUUGCGGACUCCACCACCGAGCGGGGCGCGGGCCCGGAGGCGGUCGCGACGACAGAGGUCGUCAUCCACGGGUGA